ACCAUUUGAAAUAAUUAAAUUAAAAAUUAAUCAUAUUUAAGAUUGAUAAUGAAUCUGUGUGUGUCAUAUGGGUACAAUGUACAUAAUAUACACGUGCUUUGAAGUAUAAAAAUGAAGCAUAAUAUGAUAUAAGGUAGGUUAUAUUGCAUUUCAAUAUUUUGUCAUAAUUCAUUAGUGCCAAUCAUAUACAAAUAAUACGCUACAUACGUUGAUAUUUUUAUACUUAACUGUUUAAUAUAAAUUUUUUAAGAAUACUUACAUAUAUUUAACAGUGAUUUACAUUAUAAAUUAAUGAUAAUGUUAAUAGGUGUUUUCCAUGCUAGUUUCUAAAAAGCCAUAGAUAGAUUUGUAAUUAUUUUAAUGCCUAGGUACCUAUUUGUAAUAUUAAUUAAUUGUUUACAUUAUAUAUAUAUAUAUAUAUUUUAUAUAACAAAAGAGCAGUUCAAAACUUGUUAACUUAGAAUGUUCAACCACUACAGUCUUCAACUCUUAGUUAAAUUUAAAUUACUAUUAUUUAAUGGUCAAAAUAAAACAAACUUUUUGCUAUAAAAAACAUAAAUUUUAGUUGAUAAUUAUUGAUAGAUUUUGAAAACAGAUUAGUACAUAUUUAUUUGUACUAAUAUCCCCGCACCGCACAAGUACUUGCUUACGUCUUGAUUAGACUAUUUAAUUUCAAUAAUUCCUUCAUUAGAACUAAACUUUCUUGCAAUAGUAUUUAUUUGAUCUUUAGACAUUCAAAAUAAUAAUUAGUUAUAACAUGUAAAAUUAAUGAACUUGGUUUAUUAUUAACAUAAUCAUAUUAUUUUUUUUCAAGAAAACUGCUUACUGUCAAUAUUACUUGCCUACAUAACUAAUAUCUCAAACCUGUGUAUGGACCGUAUAUGUAAAUAACAUUGUUAACAAUUUUUUUCAGAUAUCUAUUACUAACGGGUUGUAAUAUGAACAAUAAAUUACCAGAUAACGUUGAUUAUUGUAUUAACAGUUAUUCAGAAAUUUUGAUUGAUUUUGCUCCAGAAGGACAAAAACAAAUAAGUCGAUUUUUUGAUGUCAAUUCUCAUCACGUACAAAUUUUACAUAAAUUGGAUGUGUAUAGUAAAAAUUUUAAUCAAAUUACAUCAGCAGCUGAUGGACAACAUAUGAAAAAAAUUUUAAUUGACUCUUUAGAAUUAGCGGACAGAAAAGUUGACAUUACUAAACGUCUAGGGGACAUGGUAAAUGAUAAUAUUUCUAAAUUAAAUACAAGUUUGAAGAAAAUUAAAAUGAGUCAAUUGAACGAAAAUAACGAAGCAAAUGAUAAAUCUAAUAAAAUGUUAAAUUGGGUACCUGAACACAAAGAAAUGGAUUCAGAUUCUCUUUUCGAAGAAUUAAGUGUGAAUGAUUUAGAUAAUCAUUCUAACAAUAAUAAAACAAAAAUAACUAACAACAUCCAAGCAAAAUCAAAUUUAGAUGGUAACAUUGAGCCUUCAGAAAAAAUAUCCACCGACACUAAACAAAAACAACUAAAAAACACAAUUGAAAAAAAAAAUCUUACAAAAAAGCAAUGCAAAAGAAGAAAACAAAUUUCAGAAAGUUUUACAGAUAGCGAUGUAGAACCUACUUAUUGUAUUUGUGAAAAAGUAUCGUAUGGUAAUAUGGUUUACUGUGAUAACGAUUUAUGCCCUAUCCAAUGGUUUCAUUUUAAAUGUGUGUCUUUAAGUAAGAAACCCAAAGGAAAAUGGUAUUGUCCAAGGUGCAGAGGAACUAAUUCCAAACAAAUGAAACCUAAGGAAAUAGUUUUGCUUGAACUAGCAAAGUACAAUAAACAAAAAGAAGACGAUUUUAAUAAAUACGAAUGACACUGUCAAAAAUAUUUAUAAAAAUGCUUUGUAAACAUUUGAAUUAUUUAUGUAAG